AAAAUGCCUUUUAUGGGAUUAAAAGGAUCAAAAGGAAUUUACAAAGUUCAACCAAUUAAUAAAGAAAUUUCUGUAAAUAAUAAUGGCGUUAAUAAAAUAAUAAUUGAAGAAGAACGGAAAACAGAAUGGGGAUUAAUUUAUUUGUGUGCUUUAUUUACAUUUACUGCUUCUGUUCAAUUUACUUUGUUUUUUACUUCUUUAUGGCCUUUUAUGCAAAUUUUGGACGAUUCAGUUACUGUCACCUUUUUUGGUGCAAUAAUAGCAAUGUAUUCUCUUUCACAAAUUGUUGCCUCUCCACUACUUGGAUUUUGGUCUACUCGAAUUGAAAAGCUUAAACCGCCCUUAAUGAUAUGCAAUUUUUUAAUGUUUUUAGGCAAUUUUCUGUAUUGUUUAGUUGAAUUAUUCCCCUUGAGUAUGUCAAGAUACGUGAUGCUUGCUUCUAGAUUUACGGCUGGUAUUGGAUGGGCACAAGUUGGCCUAUUGAAAUCAUUUGCCUCAUCAGCAUCCAUAAAUAAAGACAGAUCAAGAGCUACAGCUUUUAUAACUGGCGGAAUGGCUUUAGGCUCUACAAUUGGACCUGCAUUCCAAAUACUUUUUACUUGGAUUGGAUAUCCGGGAUACCCUAUUUGUUUAGAUAUUUUUGGUUUGCCUAAAUAUUGUUUGAAUAUUUCUAUGUUUACUGCACCAGCUUUGGCUGCAUCUAUUGUUAAUAUUUUUCUUUUAUUUUUGCAGAUUUUUUGGUUUAAAGAAAGUUAUGUUGGAAUAUUAAAACGCAAAGCGGAUAAGGAAAAUUUGAAUCCCCCAAAAUUACCUCCAUACGAUCGUUUGGCUGUAGCAGCUUGUUAUGCCAUUAGAUUUACUCAAUUCUUUAUUUUUACAAAUAUUGAAACUAUUGGGACAGAAUUUGCAAUGAUGAUGUUUAUGUGGUCCCCUACAGAUGUUGUUUUUUGGGAAGCUAUAGCUCACUCAAUUCGUGGCCUUUUGGCUUUAAGCACUUAUAUCUGUUAUAUUGUUUUUAAUUUGGGUGAAAAAGUAAAUGAUCGUGUAGUCUGCUUAUUUUCACUUAUUGGACUCCUCCUUUUUCACGUUUUUACUUAUUCAUGGCCUUUUCUAUCCGAAAUCGUCCAACUUUUUGAUGACCAAAAAUUUCACAGAAACGCUUCAACAGCAUUAGGGUGUGAUUGGCGUUCAAUGAAUUGGUGUUUAGAUUUAAAACAAAUAAAUAUAUGGGUCUAUUAUUUCUCUAUAAUUAUCUUUAUUGGACUAAGUUUUCCAAAUAUUAAUGUUACAAUGAAUACUUUAUUCUCUCGAAUUAUUGGUCCGAGAAUGCAAGGAACACAACAAGGAAUACUUGAAAUGUUUGGAGGAAUGGGGAGAAUGACUGGGCCCCUCGUUAUUGGUUAUCUUUAUCGAACAUACGGGCCAAGAACAAUUUGGAUAAUGGAAUCCAUUGAAGUUGGUAUAAUGAUUCUCUUUUGGCUUUUAUGUUAUCGAAGACUUGUCCCAUUAAAUAUACCAACAGAAAUGGAUGAAAAUGGAAAGGAAAAUGGAAAAAUAUAAAAGAAAUUCUAGUAAAUAAAUUUUUGUUUAAAAAAUUAUUGAGAAAAUGUUUGUUUAUUUGAUAGACAAUUAAAAAUAUUAAAAAUAGGAUGCUUAAAA